AUAGUCUUCAAUACGUUCGCAAAAGGUGAAUGGGGCAAAGAGGAACGAAAGAGCAAUCCGUACAAGAAGGGCGACGAUAUCGACAUUAGAAUACGCGCUCACGAUAGUAAAUUCUCGAUCUCCGUUGAUCAGAAAGAGGUCAAAGAGUACGAACACCGCGUUCCACUGUCGUCCGUAACGCAUUUCUCUAUUGAUGGCGACAUUUUGGUCACUUACAUUCACUGGGGCGGUAAAUAUUAUGUAAGUUACUUAUUUUUAUUAUUUAUUAUUAUUAUUUAUUAUUAUUAUUUAAUAUUAUUUAUUACUAUUUAA